AACAUUUCAGGGAAAAAGCUUCAAGCUAAAUAAACUGCAGCCAAAUUCCGAUCAAACGAUCGGGUUGGAUUAGUUAUAAAAAAGGUGAUCGACUUUUGGCGCUUCGCUUUUGGAAAAGCGUCAUAAUAUUUUAAUGUGUCGAACCAACUACGGUGGCGGCAACUCCAAGCAGUAGGAAAUAGCGGCUGAACAGACGAAAAAUCCGUAGCCAUGUUGUUUCGUGAGUGUGUUGUUCAGUAUUCCGGAUAGUGGUAGUGGUCCUUCUUAAAAAAGGGACACUGAACAGGAGGACAGCAUGUGCGCGCGCACACACACACACAACCGAGCAGCAGCAGCAGCAGCAGCAGCAGCUGAAGAAAAGGUGCUGCAGCAGCACAACUUUAACACAAUCACGCGUAGUCGAAGCAGCAGUAACAGCAGUACCGGAACACCGUACCAUUUUUUCCCAUGUUGGUGCUGAGCGGCUGAGCGGAAGAAGCAAACGAAGAAACCGAGCCAGAGAGGUCCGUUGUUUAGGUGUGCGCAGAGAGCGCGCGCGCGCGCGGUCUUGUGUGUAUGCGUGUGGUGGUGAUAUUAUAUCGUCAAUAAUCUUGUGUGUGUGUGUGUGAUACGUUGUGCACGCGCGUUCGGUCUCUCUCUCUCUCUGCCCCCUCUCGCUGUGUUGCACACCAACCAUCUCGCUCUCUGCGUGCGCGCGUGUACUAGUGUGUGUGUGUGUGUGUUUCUGUGUAUCCGUUGUGUGCGUCGCGUCGUAACACAUCAGAUAGUGUUUUAAUGUGCCGUGUGUGUAUGUGCGCUCGUACGCGUGUGAAGGCGUGGAAUUUUGCAUCGUGAAAUCAAUCAUGCAUCCUCAUCAUUUCAUCAAGCAACCCGUACAACAUCAGCAGCCGUCUGCAAUAAACAAGAGAAAUAGCAAAUGCGGAGGAAAAGCCAACACGCGCAUCCGAAAACACUAGCAAAGGUAGUAAUAAAACGGAAAACCCGAGAAGACGUGAUAGCCGAGUGAGAGAACGAGAGCGAGAGAGAGAGCAAGAGAAAAGGAGAAAAAACAGCUUCGCCGCAUCAAUCCACACUUGUAGCAGAGAGAAGCGGCAGCAAAUGAAGUUAAUAUUAGCGUGAAGCAAGUGCAAUUGUGGGAAAAGCAGCUAAGUUUAAAAAAAUGCAACCGAGACAGAAAAGCAAAAAAAGUGUAACGUAUAGUAAAAAAAAAGAAGUAUCCCGAGUGGUGAAGACGCGCGCUCCGGCGGACGAGUGAACGCCAAAAGGGAACGAGUACACGAAAGGAGAAGUCCGAAGGGAAAGAAACGGAACCUGUGUGUGGGGUUAUUGCAACUUGUUCGUUUCUUGUUCCUGAUCGCACCACCAACGACGACAUCCCCUGCUUCCUUUCUGUCUCUCCUUGUUGUGCGGUUCGCUUCUAUCAAAAUUCUUAAACUGAUAAACAAUGGCCGAUCAUAUGGAGGAGCCACCGAUGAAACGGGCGAAAGUCCGGGAUGUAUCCUCAGAAGUUAUCUCAACCACACUCGAUCAAAUGUUCGAUCUGGAAAACCAUCUACCGGACGAGUUGAUGGGCGACAACACAUGGGUGGACUCGCUGAGCGGGGGCAACAAACCACCAGGUCCCGGUCCGGGGUCGCAAAUGAAUGGGGACGAUCCGGGCGGAGGAAGCUCCAACCUGAGCCAGGUGUCUCUAGCCCUUCAGCGCCAGCAGCUUCAACAGCACCAGCAGAUGCACCAUCUAAUGAUGCAACAGCAGCAACAGCAACAGACGAACAAAUCAAUGCCGGGUCAGACGAUGCUUGGUAUGGGACCGCUCGGUGUGAAAACACCCGGCAUGCUGUCUUCGAUGAACCAAACGAUGGGCAACAACGUGGUAGUGAAUGCGAUGGCUGCAGGUGGUGCUGGUGGCAUUUUGGGGAUGGGCAGCGGUAUCGGUCCAAACGGUGGCGUUGGCGGUGCCGGCGGUGGCGCCGGUGGCCCGGUCAUGGCAAACAGCAUGGGAUUGAGCGGUGGCGUUAUGUCCGGUGGAGGACUGGUGCAACUCAACAGUGGCGGUAUUCGGCAAGCAAACGCCAACCAAUCCGGGGGCAAUGCGAGUGGAAAUGGUGGCCCGAUGAUGCACCAGCUGGUGCCACCACAAAACGGACCAAUGGGUGGUGGACAACCACGUUUGGGCAACCCGGGUCUGAUGCCGCGUACCACCGGUCACAUGAAUCCGGGCCUGCGUCAGCUGGUGCAGGGACACACAGUAGGCACCCCAAUGGUGGGCCAGAUGGGUGGUGGAGGUGGCGCUGGUGGCAACGCGACCGGUGGCCAGUUUGUCGUCGGCUAUCAGCAGCAGGGCGUUAUGCAACAGGGCGUACGAACGGCAUCGCCCGUCCUUGUCAAUCGGCAACCGCCGAACGGACCGGGUGGCACGCGUCUGCCGAAUCCGAUGGUGUCUGGUGGCGGUGCGGGAGGUGCCUCGAUGGGAAUGCUAGGGGGUGACGGUAAUGUUGGACCACAGUCGCAAACGGGACAGGGCCCCGCCGGUGUGGUCAGCUUGCAGCAGCAACAGCACGGCGGUCCGGGUCCGAAUGCGCCACAGAUACGACCGUUGGUCGCAUCGGCUGCAGGGGUAGCGCAACAAAAUCAAGCAAUCAACUCGAUGAACGUAUCGACGGGGACGGUGGGCGGUGGUGGAGCUAGCGGUACGGGAUCCGGUACAUCCGGGACGGUGGGUGCAGCGACAAGCAGUGGUGGCGGCGGCAGUAACACGUCCAACUCGAUGAACAGCAGUCCCGGAGGCAACCCACUGUUGGCCGAUCCGGAGAAACGCAAGCUAAUCCAGCAGCAACUUGUACUGCUGUUGCACGCGCACAAAUGUCAGCGUCGCGAGGCUGAAAAUCCGAGUGGCAAUAUCUGCAGCCUAGCUCACUGCCGCACAAUGAAGGAGGUGCUGACCCAUAUGCAAUCCUGUCAGUUAGGCAAGAACUGUCCCAAGACGCACUGUUCCUCAUCGCGCCAGAUCAUCAACCAUUGGAAAAAUUGCCAACGGCAGGACUGUCCCGUGUGUUUGCCGCUUCGUGAUACUAACAAAUUGAAACAGCAACAGGCUUCACAGCAACAACAGCAACAACAGCAACAACAACAACAACAGCAGCAACCUCAACAAUCUCAACUUCAACAAUCUCACCAACAGCAGCAGCAUCAUGCCCAGCAGCAACAGCAAAUGCAGCAACCUCAGCAACAACUACAGAUGCAGCAAGAUCAGCAUCAGCAGUUGCAGCAACUUCAGCAGCAACUUGCCCAGCAACAGCAGGAGGCGAUGCAGCUGCCGCAAAAGCAGCAACAGCAGUUGUUGAUGCAACAGCAGGACCAACAAAAGUCGAUGGAACACAAACAGCAAAUGGUAAAAUCGGCACAAGCGCAAAUGAUGCUGUCAGACAAGGAUCAGCAACAGCAACAGUUGCUGCAGAAGCACGUGCAGCUACAGGCGACGCAGCAGAUACAGCACAACAUGAUGCAGCAGCACAAAAAGGUACAGCAACUCAUGAUGCAGCAAAAGCAGGAACAGAUGCUACAGAAAUCGUACUCCCAGCAGCAGCAAACACAACUGCAGCAACAGCAGCAACAGUUGCAACAGCAACACCAGCAACAAUCACCCCAACUGGUGCAGCAACAGUCACCACAGCUGCAGGUGCAUCAGGCACAGUUACAACAGCAACAAGUAUUGUCACAACAACAGCAACAACAGCUUUUACUACAACAACAUCAGCAGCAGCAACAGCAGCAGCAACAGCAACAGCAACAGGAUAAUAAAUCUCCAAUGUUUGCCCAACGUCAGGUAUCGCAACAACAGCUUCAACAGACACAACUAUCCCAAAUGUCUCAGCCGCAGCUGCAGUCCCAAGUUGCACCACAGCUUCAAUCUCUAUCGCAUACACCAUCCCCUCAACAGCAGCAACAAAACCAGCUCGCAGCAUCACAAGAGCAUAAAAAGAUUGCACAACAGGCGGCAGCAGAAGCGGCUGCAGUGCGAGCAAUUGUCGCAGCUUCAGUUUCGUCGGGUAUGCAACAACCACAGCAGCAGCAGCAGCAGCAGCAACAACAACAGCAACAGAAACUGCAAAUGGAGCAGAAAAAGGAUCAGCUGCAACAGCAUUUAGAACAAGCGAAAAACGAACAACAGCUCGAAGUACAGCAAGAUCAACAUAACGAUUUGACGGAAAAGCAGCAAACGCUAACGCCAAUGCAUCCGACGGACACGUCGGAGGUAGCUAACGCACUUAGCCAACCGGACGGUAGUACAGAUGCCGCAACAGUAUUGACAAUGAAGCCGGAUGAUCAUACAAAGAAGCAAGACCUGAGCGCUGAUCAUUUGUUACAAGAUCAGCUGCAGUCACAGCUAGAUAUUGGCAAACAGAAAACAGACCAACUGCAGAAAGAUCCGCGGUUAUCCGGUGGGACCGUCGAGCAGGAGGGAAAGGACGGUCAGCGCGAGGUGACCGAGCAGUCGAAGGAUCAUUUGGACCAUCCCGAUCAGCAGCAUCAAGACAAAGCGAAGCAGUCUGACGAUGCACUAGAGAAGAAAGGGCAGGAGGGAAAAGAUGGCACGUCACACGGUCAGUCGAAUCACGAUGGGUCGAAAGAGUUGUCGGACAAACAGCAAGACAAGCUGGACAAGACCGAGCACAAAGACGGCCAGCUGAAAGGUUCACCGAUGGUUGGUGAUCCGAUUGCGCUUGCCGAUGGUACGAGCCAGAGCGAAAAGUCGGAACAGGAUAAGUCUGAUCUGAAGGAACUGAAGGAUGCGUCGCAAGAUGGUACGGAGCAGCAUCAUGACAAACAGCAGGACAAGCUGGAGAUAGCAAAAGGGGACGAUGCGACACAGCAAGCGGAGCAGAAGGAAACCAAAUUGGACGGCACGAGUAUUGGUGACCAGCAGGAAAAGAAGGAAUUGUCCGACGGAAGCAAAACGCAAGACGCAUCUGGUGAGGCGAAAGAUCAAUCCAGCCUCCCGGACAAAUCCGGCAACGAAUCGCUCGAUCACGAAAUGCAGGUAGAUGGGACGGAGGGUAAGCUUGCUGCGGACAAGAAACAGUCCGGUGGCGAAUCCUCGUCCACCGACGCUGGGUCGGAUCAGUCGGAGAAAAAGUCAGAAUCCCAGUUGCUGGAUCAGCUCGGUCAGUCGUCCGGUUCAAGUGAACAGCACUCGGAAAAGGUCGACAGCGGGAAAGAUGAUCAGCAGAAAGAUUCCAGCAGUAGCAGCAAACCGGAUGAAUUAUCUGACGGCCUGUCCAAAUCGUCACUGCCAUUGUCGUCCAGCGGGUACGCGGAUGGGCAGGAAGACACCAACAGCAAAGUGCUAAAGCCAGACGAAAAACCAAAGCAGCAACAAGCGGGCGACCAAGCAACGAUCGACGAAACGGGCCCAUGUGAUUCGUCCAAAACUAUCAGCGAUCCGUCGGAUGAAGGCAUAAAGAAAAUGGACGUUCAGGAGCAAGAGAAAGAUAAGACGUCGAGCGAGCUGCUGGCGGACGCGAUGGAAGUCGAUCCAGAUACGUCCGCGUCUCAGUCGGCGGGUUCCUCGGAGCAGAAUAAAUCUUCCGCUGCGGGCCAGCUGCGAAUCGGUGACGAACAGGAUGCUGCCUCCUCGUUGGCAAAGGCUUUGCAAGAGCAGGAUCACGAGAUGAAGGAUGUAUCGCUAGUGUCGCAACUGCAGGAGCAAGAAAAAGACAAACAGUCACCGUCGCCCCAGCAGCGCCAGAUGCAGAUGGACCAAUCAAAGCAACAGGAUCUGCAGAAACCGCACACACCACAAACACCACAACAAGCGUCCCUAUCCUCGCCGCAACAGCAGCAGCAAGUACAGCAACAGACGAAGCUUAACUUACAGCAACAGCAGCAAAAGCUGCAGCAACAGCUUCAACAGCAGUUGCAACCACAACAGCAGAUGCAAAUGUUGCAGCAGCAAAAGCAACCGCAGCCGAUGUUACUGCUGCAACAACUUCAGCAGCAGUCCGACAGUCAGCAAAUGCAAUUGAAACAGCAGUCGGCGGACGGUACGGAUCAGCAGCAUGAACAGCUGCUUUCAUCCACACAAACAACCCCGCAGGCAUCGCCAUUAACGAACCAACAGCAAACAGGACAUUUGAAGGGUCUUCUACCACAAACGGUCGGUCAAGUUGAACAACCGGCACAGCAACAAUCUUCACAAGACGGUUCGACCGCGCAGGUGUUGCUGCAACAGAACUCCGGCAGCGUCACAUCAGGCGCGGAUGUGGUAGGUUCUAGGGCAUCGUUCAAUCAGCAGCUGGUGAACAGCAUGCAACAGCAGUGUGGACCCGCUUCCUCGCCGCUUCAGAGCAAUCUGUCCGGCGGCACCGGGCAACAGACAAACCAAAUGAACAGUAUGCGAGGUAUGGGAAUGGCUGGCCAGCAGCAGCAGGGCAACACCGUGCGCUUAAUGAUGCCGCCGAACCAACUGGUGGCCGGUGGCAUGUUACAGCAGCAGAACGAUGGCAGCACCGGUUGCGGUGGAAUGCUCGGACAGAACGCAACGAAUCAGCAGCAGGGAAGCGUACAGCCCCAGCAGCAGCAAAGCCAAACCAACUCUUCAAUCAUUCCAAUGGCGACGGGUAACGGUGGUAAUCAGAUGUUGUUCAGCCCCGGUGAGAGCGGACAAAUGGCAGCAAGUGGUGGUAAUUUAACCAACAGUGCCGGUGUUGUUUGCAGCACGUCCACCGCAAGUGGCAUGCAAACACUCACCUCCCAGUCGAUGCCCAUCAUGAACACGACCAACACCAGCACGAUGAGUGCGGGCGGUGGCCCGAACACGAGCAAUUUCGCGGUCGGUGCGGCCGGCGGCGGUAAUACGGGUGGUAAUGCGGGCGGCAACAACGCGUCGAUGGUGGCCGUGCCAGUGCAGGGUACGAAGGAUUGGCAUCAUUCGGUGACGCCCGAUUUGCGCAACCAUCUCGUGCACAAGCUGGUGCAGGCCAUCUUUCCCUCGCCGGAUCCGUCCGCCAUGUUCGACAAGCGCAUGUACAAUCUGGUCGCGUACGCGAAGAAGGUCGAGGGUGACAUGUACGAGAUGGCCAACUCACGCUCGGAAUACUACCAUUUGCUAGCGGAAAAGAUUUACAAGAUACAGAAAGAGCUCGAAGAGAAGCGCCAGAAGCGGAAGGAGCAGCAGAUGCAGCUGCAACAGCAACUCAAUGCGGCCGGCCAGGUGGUCGGUGGUGGUCCGAACGCUGGUCAGAUACUGCGGCCGCUAAACCACAACCACCAGCAGCAGCAGCAGCAGGUGAAUCUGCUUGCCGGUAUGAAUGCAGCCUCCGGCAGCGGCGUUGCCGGUAACAAUCCAACCACCAUGCAACAGUUGCAAGCCGCCGCCCGUCACGCUGCCGGUGGACUGAUGAACCAAGCGCAGAACAGUCUAGGUGCGCAAAUGGGGGGACCGAACAACCGUAUCGGUGUGGUGAACGCGCAACAGCAGCAGCAGCAGGGUGGACCCGGCCAGACGACGCAGCAACUGUUUGUCGCUCAACCCGGUCCCAGCCCGAACGGGAACCUGGUGCACGGUGCCGGUGGGACGGUGCUACCCGGCGGACUAUCGCCAUUCGGUCAGCAGCAACCCAACAACCACGCACCGGGUAUGGUCGGCGUGUCACAGCAGUCCCCGCAAGUGGUGAACCAACAGCAACAGUCAUUCCUCAACGGUCCUUCCAUGAUGGACAGCUCGUCGCAGCUGCAACAGUUCAAUGAUAUUGUGCGUGCCAAGUGUGCGAAUCUAAGCGGUGGCGGCGUCGACGGUACGCAACAGCAACAGCUCGGCCAGCUUUCCGGUGCGCUCACCGGUCAAACGAUGGGCCAAGGUAUGCGGUCGGCGUUCGGUGGUGUAAACGCGAACACGGGCCAACAGCAGCAGGGACCGAAUCAGGGCGCGACCGGUGGCAUGUUCGUGAAUGCGAUUAAUCCGGGUGGGUUUAAGCUGAUGAGCAGCGGCAAGGCCCAAGCGCAGCAACGCAACAUUGCGCUCCUGUCGGGGAUGGGUGGAAGUGGUACGGUAGGUGGAGCGAGCGGUACCGGAACGGGGCUUGUCGGUAGUGGUGACAUGCUGGCCAGCAGUCCAUACGGUGGAGUGGGAGGUGGUGGAACCAUCGGUCCCAACACAACAGCUGUGGUCACCUCCAAUGGGCCCAUGCUAUCGUCGCCUGCUGGAAGCAACACAUCCAACAACAGUAUUGUACCACUACUCCUCACGCCUGGCGGUCCACCGUCCUCGGAAUCAUCAGCUGGCGCUGGAGGAGUGUUGGGUGACUGCCAAACACUCGGCGGAACGGGCGGAAGCGGUGUAUCUUCCUCCCUUCCCGUUGGCGCUGGUCUCCUGCCGCCCGGAACGCUCGGUGGAUCUCUGGUACCCGCUACACUCUCGCUGAAUGGUAGCACCACCACCACUACACCAGCAACGACACCCGCAACACCGAGCAGUGGAACACUUGCUGCGUCUACCUCGAACGUGCUUCCCACCUCCGCUGUUGGAUCGUCUGUGACUAACACCACCGCAAACGGUGCAACGACUGCGGUGGGAAUGACAACUAGUCGCAUGACGUCGUCGUCGUCGUUCAGUUCUCAAAUGGCAGCCCUCGAAGCAGCAAUGGCUCGUGACAAGGAAGAUUCACCUGAACCGCCCAGCAGCGCAAAGGACGGUGCAGGCGGCGGUAGCGGUGGCUGUGGCAGCAAGAACAACAAGGGCAAGUUUGAGAUGAAGCGCGAGGAGGACAUCAAAUCCGAGCCGGACAGCAAUCAUAUGGACACGUCGGGCGGUGGCGAAGGUGGCGGUAAGAAUGUGAACAACGACUGCAUGAGCAUGAUGUCACACGAGAUGAAGUCGGAGCUACUGGACGGUUCGGACGGUAGCAGCAGCGGCAGUGGCAAGAACAAGCUUGACGUGUCCACAUUUAAGGUGGACGUGGAACAGGGCCGUUCCGGUAGUCCAAAGGCGAAGGUGAUGAAAACGGAACUGAAGGCUGGCAUCUAUCCGGAACCGACCAUCCAGACGAACGCUAGUGACAACAAGAAGAAAUGCUCGUUCAAACCGGAGGAACUGCGGGAAGCAUUGUUACCGACGCUCGAGAAAUUAGUUACGCAGGAACCGGAAUCGAUACCAUUCCGUAUGCCGGUUGACCCAAAUUCGCUCGGCAUUCCCGACUACUUUGACAUUGUGCGCCAGCCGAUGGAUUUGAGCACGAUCCGCAAGAAGCUGGAAAGCGGUCAGUAUCAAGAUCCCCGCGAGUACGUCGAUGACGUGUGGCUCAUGUUCGAUAACGCUUGGCUGUACAAUCGGAAAACAUCGCGCGUGUACCGCUACUGCACGAAGCUAUCGGAAGUUUUUGAGAUGGAGAUUGAUCCAGUGAUGCAAUCGCUCGGCUACUGCUGUGGACGAAAGUAUACAUUCAACCCGCAAGUGUUAUGCUGUUAUGGCAAGCAAUUAUGUACCAUUCCACGAGAUGCAAAGUAUUACAGCUAUCAAAACCGCUCUUUUGGGGCAUUAUCUACCAGAUACACCUACUGUCAGAAGUGCUUCAACGAGAUACCGGGAGAUACGGUUACGCUUGGCGACGAUCCGAUGCAGUCGCAGACUCAAAUCAAGAAGGAUCAGUUCAAGGAGAUGAAGAACGAUCACCUCGAGCUGGAACCGUUCGUCGAUUGUCUGGAUUGUGGACGGAAGCAGCAUCAGAUCUGUGUGCUUUAUCUGGAAACGAUCUGGCCCGGUGGGUUUGUUUGCGACGCUUGUCUGAAGAAGAAAAGUCAGAAGCGCAAAGACAAUAAGUUCAAUGCGAAACGUUUGCCCACCUCCAAACUGGGCACAUACAUUGAGACGCGUGUGAACAAUUUCCUCAAGAAGAAGGAAGCGGGAGCGGGUGAGGUGCACAUACGCGUUGUCUCCAGCUCAGACAAAAUGGUGGAGGUGAAGCCAGGUAUGCGUAGUCGGUUUGUGGAAAAUGGAGAAAUGCUUCCGGAGUUUCCGUACCGAGCGAAGGCACUGUUUGCAUUCGAGGAGGUCGACGGUGUGGACGUGUGCUUCUUCGGUAUGCAUGUGCAGGAGUACGGGUCGGAGUGUGCGGCACCGAAUACACGCCGCGUGUAUAUUGCCUACCUCGAUUCAGUGCAUUUCUUCCGACCGCGCCAGUACCGGACGUCGGUGUACCACGAGAUACUGCUCGGUUACAUGGAUUAUGCGAAGCAGCUCGGUUACACGAUGGCACACAUUUGGGCAUGCCCACCGUCCGAGGGUGACGACUACAUCUUCCACUGCCAUCCACCGGAGCAGCGCAUACCGAAACCGAAGCGGCUGCAGGAGUGGUACAAAAAGAUGCUGGACAAAGGCAUGGUCGAGCGGACGAUUCAGGACUACAAGGAUAUCCUGAAGCAGGCAAUGGAGGACAAACUGCAGUCGGCAUCGGAGUUGCCAUACUUUGAGGGAGAUUUCUGGCCCAAUGUGCUCGAGGAAAGCAUAAAGGAGCUUGAUCAGGAGGAAGAGGAAAAGCGCAAACAGGCGGAGCUUGAAGAAGCGGCAGCGAAUGCUAUCAUGUCCAUGAACGAUGACAGUGACACAGUAGCCGACGGUAAGAAGAAGGGCCAAAAGAAGGCGAAGAAGUCCAACAAAUCGAAGGCAGCGCAGCGUAAAAGCAACAAGAAAACGAACGAACAGAUUGGGAACGAUCUCAGUGCAAAGAUAUUUGCCACCAUGGAAAAGCACAAGGAGGUGUUUUUCGUCAUCCGGCUUCAUUCAGCGCAGUCGGCUGCAAGUUUAGCGCCCAUCCAAGACCCGGAUCCACUUAUUAACUGCGAUCUGAUGGACGGGCGUGAUGCCUUCCUGACGCUGGCAAGGGAUAAGCAUUACGAGUUUUCUUCACUGCGUCGGGCACAGUUCAGUACACUUUGCAUGUUGUACGAGCUGCACAACCAGGGCCAGGAUAAGUUUGUCUAUACCUGUAACAACUGCAAGAACCACGUCGAGACACGAUAUCAUUGCACCGUUUGUGACGAUUUUGAUCUCUGUAUUACCUGUAAGGAGAAGGUGGGCCAUCAGCAUAAGAUGGAUAAGCUUGGUUUCGAUCUGGACGAUGGAUCGUCACCGUCGGACGUGAAACAAACCAACCCUCAGGAAGCACGCAAGCAAUCGAUUCAACGCUGCAUCCAAUCGCUGGUGCAUGCCUGCCAGUGCCGCGAUGCCAACUGUCGGUUACCGUCAUGCCAGAAGAUGAAGCGCGUGGUGCAGCACACGAAGCACUGCAAGCGAAAGACGCACGGUGGUUGCCCGAUCUGCAAACAGCUUAUUGCACUCUGCUGCUAUCAUGCGAAACACUGCCAGGAGGCGAAGUGUUUGGUGCCAUUCUGUCCAAACAUCAAGCACAAGCUGAAACAGCAGCAGCUGCAACAAAGAUUGCAACAACAGCAACUUUUGCGACGCCGUAUGGCGGUGAUGAACACCACCCGACUUGGCGCACCAACACCUCAGAUACCACAGAACAGCAAUGGUGGUGGAAGCAGCUUAAACAAUGCCGUCUGUUCGUCGAAUGUUAUUGCCGGCUGUUCGGUGGCACCGUCCGGACCAGUAAGCAAUACGAUGGCGAUCGGUGUACCAGCGAGCGGUGGUGUCGUCACCAGUAUAGGCUGCGGUGGAAUGGGUAACGCUGGUGCGGGAGCAAUGAGUCCGUCUGCCGUACCGAACACGGUGCAGAUAGGUGGCAUGGGCAGUCCGCAUCACGGUGGCAUGAGUAUGAAACCGGGCGCACAAACACCACCGGCGAAUGUGCUGCAAGCUGUUAAGCAGGUGCAGGAGGAAGCUGCGAGACAACAGGCACCGCAUGUCGGCUACGGUAAAGUUAAUCCCGGAAUGGUGCCACCGGUGAUGCAGCGUGCAAUGCCUACUGGCCAUAUGAAUGCGGCGGGUGUCGGUGUUAACGUGUCCGGCGUCGGUGUAAUGCCGAACUCGCAGCAGCAACCUAAUGCGGUUGGUGUGUCGAUGGGUGGUCCGGGCGGUGGCCCUGGCGGCAUUGGACAGAAUGUAAUGCAAAUGGACCAGUGGAACUCGCGUUAUCCGAAUGGCGGUGGACCAGGCAUGCGCCCAACGCUACCCGGGUUGAUGCAACAGCCACAGCAGCAACAACCACAGAACCCACUCCAAACGGGCAUUAUGAGCGGCGGUGUUGGAGGUGCUCAAAUAAUGGCCGGCAUACGGCAGGGCCCGAUAGCAAUGCAGGGUGGUAUGAUGGGUAAUGCGCAGCAGCAGCAAGGCGGUGGUCAACAAAACCAACCCGGCCAAACCCAGAUGGCCACGCAACCGAAGCAAGCAAUCGCGCAGCUGAUGGCGACCCUCAAGAAUCCGGCCGCCGGUCCAGAGCAACAACAGCAACUGCUUUCGAUACUGAAAGCUAAUCCGCAGCUCAUGGCAGCCUUUAUAAAGCAGCGACAACAGGCUCAGCAUCAGCAAAAUCAAAACCAGGUAGGCAUGCCGCAGCAGCAACAACAGCAGCAGCAACAAGUCCAGCAACAGCAACAGCAGCAAACGCAGCAACAGCAAGCACAGCAGCAGCAGCAGCAGCAGCAGCAUGGUGUAAUGCAUCCCGGCGGCUCACAGGUGCAACAGGUGCAAGCUGGACAACCGGUGAUGGUGUACAAUAAUCCGCCCGCCUCCGUCCAGAUGGUACCGAACCGUAUGCAAGGCGUACAGGGUAUGCCUGGCGGAGGCAAACCGGGCAAUAAUCCAUCCAUGCAAAUACCGCUUCAACAGCAAUUGUGGUACAAGCAACAACAGCAGGCUCAGCAGCAGCAGCAACAGCAGCAGCUGAUGCUUCACCGGCAGUUGGCGAUGGCGGGUGGUAACAUACCGCCAGCCCCACCAUACAACCAGCGUCCGCGCCCACAGCAGCAGAUGGGCGGCGGUUAUGGGCAGGGCGGUGGCAUGUUUCCCGAUCAGCAACAAUACAUUCAACAAGCAAUGAAACCCAACCCGCAAACACAGGGUGGUGUCGGUGUGAACGUGCUGUCCCAGCAGCUGCAGCAGCAGCAGGGCCAGGGCCCGAACCAGGGCAUCAUGGGGCCACCGAAUCCCCAGCAGCUUGCCAUGCAGCAGCAGCUGAUGCAAUCGGUACGAUCGCCACCACCGAUCCGUAGCCCGCAGCCGCAACCGUCGCCGCGUGCCGUACCGUCACCGCGGGCCCAACCGUCCGUAUCGCCUCGGGCACAACCGUCGCCCCAUCACAUACCAUCCCAUUCGCCUGUGCCAGUGCAGCCGGGUGAUGUUGUGCUGCACAAUCAUAUGCACUCCACGCACCAGCCUUCGAACGUCGUGGGUAUGGUCGGGGGCGGGGGCGGCGGCGGCGUUGGGGUCGGUGGGGUCGGAAAUGUUGGCAUGCCAGGGGCGGGUGCGGGUAACGUAGUUGGCGUGGGUGUGGUCGGCGUGGGCGGCCCCGUUAACGCCAUGACAGUCGGUGGCGGCAUGGGUGGUGUAGUCGGUGUGGUGGGCGGUCUUGGUGGCGUCGGUGGCGGUGGAGGUAAUGUGGUGGGUGUAGGGAGCGCCGGUGGUGUGCAGCAGGAUCUAGCGCAGGGCGUCGGAAUAAUCGGCCCAGGCGGUAAUGGGAACGCUGGCGAAACUUCCCUGCCGGACCAGCUGACCAAAUUUGUCGAACAGUUGUAGUAGUAUUCUGGAAAAAUCAACGUAGCGGGUAGAAACGUUCUAUAUUGAUAUUAUUAGUUCUUCUUACUUUUUAGGUUCGAAAAGUUACUUUUAGGUUCGAAAGUUUAGUACCUAAAUAUGUAUCCCCAAGUGUUCCGAUUGUAGCCAGCGAAUGGGGGGGUGAGAAUAGAUGGUGUGUAUAGAAAAGUUAGGAUAUAGCGUUAGGAUAUAAACAAAAAAUUUAAUAAUACAGCUACAGACGAUUAUUAAAAGGAUUAUGUAUGUACUUUUAGCUAAACAGCUAUGUAUUUUAAUAUUUCUUCGAUUUUCGUUCGUCAGACCGAAAGUCCAUUAGCAGUCGAUAGUUAAAUGUUCAUUAGUUUUAUUCACCCCCGUACAUAUGCGCUCUUUUUUUUUGUUUGUUAAGGGGUGGUCCCACAUGGCCGUAUUUCGGCCUUAGUAAGAAUCAGGAUCAUCAGGCCUGCGAUUCCCCACCAACUUCCCGCAUCAAGACUAAAAAUAGCUUGCAAACGUGGUGGUCACUAGUCUAGUAACCCAAUAGGAAGGCGGAGACCUAGGUCGAUAAGCCAAAUGAGAAACGCUCUCGUUCGUUAAUAUGGGAGUUAGUAUUCUAGAUUAAACAGGAGAGAUUAACAUUCUCUUCUCUCUCUUCUUGACGGCGUAACGAUGUACUAGGUCAUUGCCUGCCAUUUCUUGGCUUACUAGAUUUAUUUUACCACGUAGUCAAUCCUGCGUACUAGGGGUUGGUUCGAAUGACAUUUUGGUCCAGGUCAGCUCGUGUCAAAACCGGCGGCCGCUACCAUCAUGUCACCGGGCCGCCCAAAGAAGAUAAACAUUACGGCGUUUAAAAUUCAAGCACACGUGAAAACCGAAAAUCACGAAAAUUUGUGUACAUUUUACUAUGAGCGGGGUUAAGCAGUACAUGCGAUUUAAUUAAUUAACUGGUCGAUUGAAGCCAUUUUUCUCAGGUUUCAUUAAUUACCUUUCGUUGGCAGUCGAGUGCGCGGCCGUACAUAAACAUGCUUACAUAACUAUAUUAGUUUGUUUUAUACAUUUUUUAUUACCUUCGUGAAAAAUAAGCUUGAUGGGAAGCUGUGGCCAGGGACCGAGCAUCUUGGAAAAUCAUUUUUAACGUGCUCCAUCGGAGCAGGCCAACGAGAGAGAUACAGAGAGAGAGAGAGAGACAUGUUUGCUUUUCGUGAGGUUUUUAAAAGUAUGAAAGCCUUCGAAGGUUUUUGUCCUGGCAAAGUGUCAAGUAAUGCUGCUAUCACAUGGACUGUCACAUGGCUAUCAUUUUUUAUCGCCAGUGCUGUUUUCCCAGGGGUGCCAUGGAUAUCAUCACCCGAACCGUGUUAACACUAGCUUGGAAGACUUGGAAUAUGUUUUAAUAUUUUUACUGUUACACGAUAGAUGUGUACAAGUCAUGCAUCAACUGUGGUAGAAUUGAUGAAACCCAAAACAUAAUUUGGUUUACACGAAGCGCAACAGCCAAAAUGACUGGUCCGGGCAAUCUAGUGUUAUUCUAUGCCAUGCAAAACAAACGUUUGGCCUGGGGAAGUAUAACCAAAAGAAGCGUAGCAGUCAACGUGCUCUGAACCAUGUUUUCUCAUAAUAAACAGCAAAGACAAACGCAAGUUCAACUAUGUGUGAUCAAGGAUCGUAUCGUGUUCCAGUGCGUUUUCAGUUAGUAUGUUUUGUAAUUCUAUAUAUAUUGUGAUAGUCAAAGAGAGAGAGAGAGAGAAGAGGCGGAGGGUGGGGGUAAUAAUGAAAUGCGAGAAAUUGAGAGAGAGAGGAGAAUGUUUGAUAAAACUUGAGAAUGCAAGAGUUACAUACAUUUUUAUCUUUGUGUUCGUUUAUAUUUUUAUAUUUGAAUAUGGGGUAUAUGAAUAUGUUUAAACGAGUUAUACUGGGACAGAGAGAGA